GGUAGAUCAUUGAACUUAGUCACCACAUGCAUAGAUCAUGCCACAGGAGCAGCUUCUGUGAAGUUCGGUGAGACAUGCACCACACCCAGUGACCAACAGUGCUGUAUUUUUUCAGUAUGCCUGAAGAAGUGACUUAUGCUACUCUCAAAUUUCCAAAUGCUUCCCAGGUGAAGACAUCCCAGGAGAGCUACAGUCUCAAGAGAGCAGACAAUCAUGAAGUUCCUGAAAUGGAAGUGGAUGGUGAAACUGAAAAUAGAGCAGGGGGAGUUGAGAGCAUACCUGAGAUGGCAGAGAGCAGAGCUGUGGCAGGACGUAGCACUCAGUCAAAAGUGUGGUGCACUGUUGCUUUCAUUUCGUUGACUGUGAACCUGGUGGUGCUGGCUGGACUGGGGACACUGGGCCUGAGGUAUUAUUGGAAACUCAUUUUCAACAACAGAACAACAAAUGAUAUUGAACAAAGCAAAAUACAACAGUUGGAAGAAAAUUUAAUGCUAUGCAAGAAUAUGUAUAAUAAUAUCUCAAAUGAGCUUAUCAGUUUUGAAAAUAUGACACAAAACACAUUAAAAGAGCUGAAAAACUUUACCUCAGAAUACUGUGAAGAGUUAAUGAAGAAGGAAAAAGAUGUUCAAUUCCAAUCAUGUUUGGAAUCAUGGAUGUGGUAUGGAAAUGGAAGCCAAGAUCAUGCCCAGAUGAAUAUGGACAGUAAGAAAAAUUGCAAUAAUACCCAGGUGUUCUUUAGAUGUUUUCCAUUACCUAUCCCCUGUGUGGAUCUGGAUUCUCCUUUCAAGAAGACAAAUUGGGAAGAAGGAAGGGUUUUAAAAUUUUGCAUUGUGACCUGUUUGACACUUGCUGAAAACAGUGAAGUUAAAAACAUGACAAUGGGACACACACCAAAUACAACUCAACUCCUGGAAACAAACACCUCCUUGUUACAAAAGUAACCAGAGGCCCAGAGAUGGGGACAGGGUCAUUCAUGAUGGACAUCAAGGAGGGCUUG